AUGAAAAUCAGAUCAGGCAUUCUGCCUCGCUUGAAGCGGUUGAAGCUUCCAGAGGAGUUCAUCGUGGACGAUCAGAAUGGUUGUGAUGUCACGUUGAAGCUUCCAGAGGAGUUCAUUAUGGAAGAUGACAGGCUACGCACCGCUAAGCUUUCUGAUGAGAAUCUUCUCUUUAUCUUUCUCUAUCAACAACAAUCUGGAGGAGGACUGGCACCAGUUUUGGAGGACAACGUAGUAGGAACCGGAAGGCACGAGGACUGGCAACAGUUUUGGAGGACAACGAAGGAACCGGAAAACAAUAAACAUUCUACCUUCUUCGAAUGGACGACGAAUGAUGAGAGGUGGGCUGUGGUGGGCGUCAGCACGUUUCUGAUGGUUGUCUCAUGA